CAGACACUUUAUGCUCAAGUUGUUUUGAUUUCCAUUUAACAGCCUAGCUGUUUCCAUUUAAAGCUUUUUCUAUACUGCUUAAAAACAAUCCACAUUCAACUUCUAAAUAUUCUUUUGCUGUGUCCUAUAAGAAGGGAAGUUAUCAAUUAUCAUUAAAAAAUUUUGCAUUUAAGUUAUGGGCUUUCUCCAAAGACUCCUGAAGUCAGUACAAAGGCUCCCAUUACCUGCAAUGGAUCAGGUCCUAAUGAAGCAAUCAAAUGAAUUCUAUUUGUCUUGGAGCCAUGUCUUGGAUUGUUUGGAAAGUCAAAAUUAACAUCUCUUGCUAUCAUUAAUUCCCUUAGAAAAUGUGCGUGCGUUUGUCCACAUACCUGUCUACAACUGUUUUACCUGUUGCCUUCAUAUGCUGAUUUUUAAAAAAAGCUUUUCCCAUAUAUUUUCCAAGAAGCACCCAUAAACUGCCUUGCUAUUAGGAUACUCUGUGAAACUCCUUUUUUUUUUCUUCAUUUUUAUUCUAUAAUUAGGAGUUUUAAGAUUUUUUUUCCCCCAUACAAUAUGAGUAGAGCAGGUCAUUGCUGUAUUUAGGUUUGUCUGAUAUGAGCUAACUAUUGAUAUUUGCCAGUGUUAAACUGCAUGUACUAAAAAUAAAAAUUUUGAAAAAUAAUACUUAUGUGAAUGAAGAAAGACAUUGUACAACCUCCUCUUAAAUCUUUCCUUGCAUUUGAGCCAGGCUCAACCCAGACUGAUGCUCUGUGGGCUAAGAACGCCCGUCAUUUAGCAGUAGUGAAUGCCAAUGCUAGCUGCUUAAUUAUGCAUGUAUAUGUUAUUCUUUUAGAAGUACAUAUUUAGCUGGUGCCAAGCAAUUUAAAUCUUCCUUAACCAGGUGUUAAAUAUGUGUGAAAGUCUAAGCUCUGGUAUUUUUAAUAUAGAAGUAGCCAAAUAAAUAUUAAAAGCAGAUGGCAUGCCAUGAAUUAGAACUAGUCAAAUUCUUUGUUUCCAGCUCAGCCCCAUUUUUCAGUUUUGAGGAUCCUUUAGCAACUGGCUCAAAUUUGCAUAAUCAUUCAUAAGUCAUAAUCAUGAUGGCUGUUUUUAUUAAUGACAAUAAUAGACAUUAGGAUGGGUAAGAGAUCAUAAUUGGGGCUUUGUUGCAAAGUAGGAUGCUGUUAUUACAGUUUUGUUUGUAUUGUGAUAAGACCAAAGAUGCUCCAUUAGAGACCAAAACCUCUGUGUGCCAGAUCGAGUACAUGCAUGUAACAGGAAGAGAGAACCUGCUGUCUCAUUACAAGAUGAAACCACAAGGGUUCUCGGUGCUCCUCUGAUGCCAAUAUGCUUGGAGAGAUGAUGUUUGGUUCUGUGGCCAUGAGUUACAAGGGCUCCACAUUGAAAAUUCACCAGAUCAGGUCCCCUCCUCAGCUCAUGCUUAGUAAAGUUUUUACAGCCCGAACUGGAAGUAGCAUCUAUGGAAGUCUAAACACGCUUCAGGAUAGUCUUGAGUUCAUUAAUCAGGACAGUAAUACAUUAAAGCCAGACCACAGCACAAUUAUGAAUGGACUCCUUGGAAACAUAGGUCUUUCACAGCUUUGCAGCCCCAGGCGGGCGUUCUCUGAACAAGGUCCGCUCCGCCUGAUCCGGAGCGCCUCUUUCUUUGCAGUUCACAGCAACCCUAUGGACAUGCCAGGGAGAGAACAGAGUGAGGACAGAGACAGCGGUAUAGCCAGAUCUGCAUCUCUUAGCAGCCUACUUAUCACUCCAUUUCCAUCUCCGGGUUCCUCGCUUACCAGAAGCUGUGCCAGCAGUUACCAAAGACGUUGGCGUCGCAGUCAGACGACAAGCUUGGAGAACGGGGUCUUCCCUAGAUGGUCUGUAGAAGAAAGCUUUAAUUUGUCAGAUGACAGCUCUGGUCCCAACCCAGGGAUUGUUAGGAAGAAGAAGAUCGCCAUUGGGGUGAUAUUUACACUCUCAAAGGAUGAAGAUGAAAAUAGCAAAUUUAAUGAGUUCUUUUUCUCACACUUCCCUCUCUUUGAGAGUCACAUGAACAGACUGAAGAGUGCAAUAGAACAGGCUAUGAAAAUGAGUCGGAGAUCAGCUGAUGCCAGUCAACGGAGUUUGGCCUAUAACAGAAUUGUAGAUGCCCUAAAUGAGUUCAGAACAACUAUUUGCAAUCUCUAUACCAUGCCACGGAUUGGGGAACCUGUCUGGCUGACUAUGAUGUCUGGGACACCAGAAAAGAACCAGCUUUGCCAUCGUUUCAUGAAGGAGUUCACUUUCUUAAUGGAGAACGCCUCUAAAAACCAAUUCUUACCAGCUCUGCUGACUGCGGUUCUCACUAAUCACCUGGCCUGGGUCCCCACAGUUAUGCCAAAUGGGCAGCCACCUAUAAAAAUCUUUCUGGAAAAGCAUUCCUCCCAGAGUGUGGACAUGUUGGCUAAGACUCAUCCAUACAACCCACUGUGGGCACAGUUAGGAGACUUGUAUGGGGCUAUCGGAUCACCUGUGAGACUAGCAAAGACUGUCGUAGUUGGCAAAAGGCAAGAUCUGGUGCAGAGGUUGCUUUAUUUCCUCACUUACUUCAUAAGAUGCUCUGAGCUCCAAGAGACGCAUCUUCUAGAAAAUGGAGAAGAUGAAGCCAUAGUCAUGCCUGGAACCGUUAUUACUACCACAUUGGAGAAAGGAGAAGUGGAGGAAUCGGAGUAUGUGCUUGUCACAAUGCACAGAAAUAGAGGCAAUUUGUUAUCUUGGGAGUCUGAGGAAUUGAGAACUUCUAACUGUAGUUGUAAAUACUGCAAAGGCCCACUUCCCCUUGGGCCAAACAUAGAGGCUGCUUCACAACGAGAGAGAGAAGAUGCACAAAAUGCCUCUAAGGUAGAGCUGGAAACUUCUUUAGAGGAAAGCAGAACAACCUCAGCUGCUGACUGCCAAGAAGACCCUGUUGAUGUUAAGCAUUGCAAAGAUAAUUUGAGAUCCUGCCUGGACACCAAGGUAGAGACAGUAGUCUGCACGGGGGCAGCUCCAGUGGACAAAUGUCCACUGGCAGAAUCUGGAUUAGAGCCAACUGCAGACAUCUGGAGGACCGAGGAGUCACUGGAAUCUGGUACCCAAGCCCUCAGUGUAACAAGAUCCACAGGUAUAGUUGUGGAGAAGAAGCCUCCCGAUAAGCCCUUGUCUGACGCAUUCCCUUGCAAUUCAGCUGAGGCUCAGACAAAGGUGACUUUUCUGAUUGGUGAUUCUAUGUCGCCUGACUCGGACAUCGAACAGAGAAGUCAAGCAGUAGCGGAACAAAUUACUAGGCAUCACAACCAGCCAGCAAUGAAGGAAGGAGUGGCUGCUGACCAGAACUGUGAAGCAAAACAAACCAUCGAGGACCAAACCAGAGACUGCAGGACAUCUGAACCGUUCCCUCAAGUUGCCAGCAAGCAUCAGACUUGGAAUCCAAAUCCUUACAGUACUGAGAGCUCGAGUCUUUUUGAUGAGUAUUUUACUGAUGAUGGUUCGAUUGAAACCCGAACUAUUGAUGAUAUUCCAGUGCGAGCAACUACAGACAUUCUAGAUCAAAGCAGUAGUUUAACGUUUUCUAAAAAACUCUGUACACAGAACAGCAAACAACCCAGUGAAUUUUGUAAGUUCAUGGAAUCUGUUCGCCAAGAGACAUGCAAAAACUGCUUUGCUGAGCAGGACCAAAAAGACAAAGUUGCUAUUAGUGUCCCCCAUGGGGAUAGAGAAAAUGUAGAGAAAAAAGUUGCCCCAGCAAUUGACUGGGACAUUCCGAGAAAUGAGAGCUCAGAUAGUGCCCUUGGCGAUAGUGAAAGUGAAGAUACGGGUCACGAUCUAACUAGACCAAGCAGUAACUAUUAUGGGGGAGAGCAAGAAGAUUGGGCAGAGGAAGAAGAGAUCUCUUUUCCUGGGUCAAAAUUAGUUGAAGUGAACUCUGUCCAGCCCAGUAUUGCCAAUUUUGGAAGGUCCUUGCUAGGUGGCUACUGUUCAUCUUACGUACCUGACUUUGUUUUGCAAGGAGUAGGAACUGAUGAAAAACUGAGACACUGUUUGGUGUCAGAUUUGUCGCAUGCUGUUCAGCAUCCUGUCUUGGAUGAACCGAUCGCAGAGGCUGUCUGCAUUAUUGCAGACGUGGACAAGUGGACAGUGCAAGUGGCCAGUAGCCAGAGGCGAAUGAUUGACAAUAAACUGGGAAAAGAGGUGUUAGUCUCCAGCCUUGUCUCCAAUCUGCUUCAUUCCACUCUUCAGCUUUACAAGCAUAACUUAUCUCCAAAUUUUUGCGUCAUGCACCUGGAAGAUCGGCUACAGGAACUGUAUUUCAAAAGCAAGAUGCUGUCUGAAUAUCUCAAGGGCCAGAUGCGAGUUCAUGUUAAGGAGCUGGGCGUGGUGCUGGGGAUUGAAUCCAGUGACCUCCCUUUGCUGGCAGCUGUAGCAAGCACUCACUCUCCAUAUGUUGCCCAGAUACUACUUUAAAAUGCCAAAGGGCAUGGACGGUCACAUUUUUUUUCCUGGAAAACAAAAUGGAAGGCAAGGAGACAAACAUGAAACGUACUUGUUCCAACUCCUUUUUGCUUGAGGCAACUGAAAUGAACAGCUUGCCAAGCGGACUGGGUCUCCAUAACUGACUGCACAUUAUGCACACGCAUGGAGACUACUUGUAUUUUUUUUCAUUCUCCCACUUGGCCAUUCAUUUAAAAAAAAAAAAAAAAAUUCAAAGAAAAA